CCCCGCCGCCGCUUUAUAACGGGGAUGGAGCCCCAUGGCCCCACACCACCCCUUCUCACCUAAGGCGGAGGCCGGAGCCAGCGGGCCAGCGGGCCAGGGGGCCAGCGGGUCAGCGGGCCAGCGGGUCAGCGGGCGAGGGCGGCCACGCUGAGGCUGCGGGCGGCGGCCCCACUUAGCCCGCACCCCCGUUCAUGCCCGGCCCGCCGGGACCGGCCCCAGCGGACCUCCCCGAUCCCCCCCGCUCAUCCUCCCGGGCGCCCGGCAGCGCCUGGCCUCCCACCAAGAAGCGGGGGUGGGUGGUGCCCGCGGCGCCUCCCCAGGGGCCCCCCCACCCGAGGUGCCCCCCCUUCCCCUAGGUGUCCCCGCCAGCCGCCCCGCAGCCUCCCCGGCCGCUGUCACCAUGCUCCCGCGGCUCUGGGCCCGGAUGGUCACCUCCCACCUGCUCCUGCUGCUGCUCCAGCUCCCCCACACUCGUCCCCACCGCUCCUCCGGACCCCGGUUUCUCAUAAGUGACCACGAUCCCCAGUGCAACCUUCACUGCUCCCGCUCUCAGUCCAAACCCCUGUGCGCCUCGGAUGGCCGGAGCUACGAGUCAACGUGCGACUACCAGCGGGCCAAGUGCCGGGACCCCACCCUGGGUGUGGUCCACCGAGGCCGUUGUAAAGAUGCUGGCCAGAGCAAGUGUCGUCUGGAGCGAGCACAGGCCCUGGAGCAGGCCAAGAAGCCGCAGGAGGCCGUGUUUGUUCCAGAAUGCAGCGAGGAUGGCGCCUUCACACAGGUGCAGUGCCAUACGUACACUGGAUACUGCUGGUGUGUCACUCCGGAUGGCAAACCUAUCAGUGGAUCUUCGGUGCAGAACAAAACUCCUGUAUGUUCAGGCUCAGUCACUGACAAGCCCUCCGGGCAAGGAAAUUCGGGAAGGAAAGUCUCUUUUCGUUUCUUUUUAACCCUCAAUUCAGAGGACGGAUCUAAGCCAACGCCCACAAUGGAGACACAGCCAGUGUUUGACGGAGAUGAAAUCACCGCCCCUACCCUGUGGAUCAAGCACCUGGUCAUCAAAGACUCCAAACUGAAUAACACCAACAUAAGGAAUUCAGAGAAAGUCCAGUCCUGCGACCAGGAGAGGCAGAGCGCCCUGGAAGAGGCCAAGCACAGCCCCCGCGAGGGGAUCGUCAUCCCAGAGUGUGCUCCCGGCGGCCUGUACAAGCCCGUGCAGUGUCACCAGUCCACUGGCUACUGCUGGUGCGUGCUGGUGGACACAGGGCGCCCGCUGCCCGGAACCUCCACCCGGUACGAGACACCCGUGUGUGAGAGUGAUGCCAGGUCCAGAAGCACGGAGGUGGAUGAUGCUUUCAAGGACAGAGAGCUGCCAGGCUGCCCAGAAGGGAAGAAAGUGGAGUUUAUCACCAGUUUACUGGAUGCCCUGACCACAGAUAUGGUUCAAGCCAUUAACUCAGCAGCUCCUGCCGGAGGGGGCAGGUUCUCUGAGCCCGACCCAAGCCACACCCUGGAGGAGCGGGUGGUGCAUUGGUACUUCAGUCAGUUGGACAACAACAGCAGCAACGACAUCAACAAGCGGGAGAUGAAGUCUUUCAAGCGUUACGUGAAGAAGAAAGCCAAGCCAAAGAAGUGCGCCCGGCGCUUCGCCGACUACUGUGACCUCAACAAAGACAAGUCCAUCUCCCUGCAGGAGCUCAAGGGCUGCCUGGGGGUCAGCAAGGAAGGAGGGAGCAGUGCUGGCAGCUUUCCCCAUGGAAAAAGACAAGGCGUGAAUCCGUUCAUAGGACGUCUCGUCUAAGGUCCCGAACCAGAUGGGCUGGCGGGAGUGGACCGGAGAGAGGCAGGACCAGCAGACCCCGGCCCCCUUGCCCGUCGCCACUGCUGCCUCGGACCCCCCACCCCCACCCCCGCACCCCAGCCCCACCCCCUGGAGCUGUGUCAUGCUCCUCGCACCCUUUGAAGUUUGCACUUUGUAACCGUUGUCUUUUUGUUUGUUCUUUAACGCCAUUAUCUAAUCCUGCUGAGGGAAGAGAGAAGGAAACAGAGCCAGACUCCCUCUUGGAUCAGCUACUGAUGACUUAGGAUUUUGGGGUCUUUGGGACUCCAGAGAAGAAAGAUUUAUAUACUGUAUAUAAAUAUAUAUGGAAAUUGUACAGUUCUUUUGUACAGGCAAUGGAGUUGCUGUUUUCCCCACCUGCCCAAGGCUCUCAGCUAGCAAGGCCGGGUCCAGCUCCCUCCGUAGGCCCUGCCGGCCCCCGGGGGCUGCUGGGCUCGGGCCCCCCACCUUCCUGGAGGAUCCACGGUCCCUGGAGCCCCAAGCCCCACAGCCACUGCGCCCUGCAGCUGGGAGUCUGCUGUGGCAGGGGGCCAUCUCCAGAGGGGAGUGGAAGCAGGGAGGAGGAGAGCAAGUUGGGGUCUACCCAACGAGGAGGCUCCCCAGCACCAGCCAAAGUUCCCAGGCCUGAGAUCCCGACAAGGAGUCCCCCAAGAGUUGAGCCUCCAUCGUUUCUUAAUUAAAAGUUGGGGCUUAGCCAGCUGAGGAGGCGGUCACAGGGUCGGAGGAGCUUAACCCUUCAUUCUCUGACAGGGCCAGGGACAUGGGGGGCUGAGAGAUUGAUUAUGUGCCCAGUUCCAAGGGAAGCCGCCUGAAUAUCCAAACUGGGGCAAUAGUGCAGGGCUGUUAGCUGGGGUCCACCCCGGGCCUGAGACUGGCUUUGAACUUCUGGGUCACUGACCUCCACGGUCACCCACGCCCCCUGCUAAGUGACUUCCAGAGCAAAGUUCCCCUUGCCUCUCCUUCGCCCUCCCCACCUACCUCUCCCCUCCCACCGCCCCUGACCAACACUCAAGCAAGAGAGAGGAAAGGCUGUUCCCGCCAAGAUGCCAUUCCCUCUCCUGGCCGCAAAUCGCCUCCAGCUCGUAGCAUCAGGUUUUCUAUAUUUGGUAUCUGUUAUACUAUACAAGUACAAUAUAUGCAGAGAACACAGUCCCUGUCUCACACAGGAUUCUCAGUCUUCGUGGGAAGGAGGACAGGUAUCUUAUCCCUAUUCUGCAGAUGAGGAAGAUGAGGCAGAGACAAGGCAAGUGCCUCACCCAAGGCCACCCGUCCAUGAAGUGGCAGGGCCAGGAUUAGAGUUUGGGUCCCGUGCCUUCCAGGCCUAGGAUCUUUCCACAAGGUCACGCUGCUGCCAGCUGGGAAGGAGGUAGCGCCAGGGAUGAGGGAAGAUCCGUAAGGCUGGAGAGGAGGGGUGUAGUUGAGUGUGCUUGGCCAAGCAGUCCCCAACGUCAGUGCCUGCAGCCUAAUGACGAGAUGGCAGAUGGUCAGUCUGAGCCCCACUGUGCUGCGGGGAAACAGGAGCCACCCGAUUCUGCUCACCCUUGGGGGAGGCUGGCUUACAGCGGGGUCAAGAUCUUUCUUGAGACUGGACCUAAUGGCGGGAGCAGGGAGAAGGUGGAGGACUCCGGGGCCAUAACCAGGAGGGGCGGGGACAGGACUUCUGGGCAACUCCGUUAGCUUAGUCUGAGCGUGAGACUGGAGGCCUGUCUAUGGUCACAUUACCCUGGGCGGUCCGGGGUCAGACAGACAGACAGACAACCCUGUUGGGAGAGAAGUUGGGGUUGAGCUGGGGCAGGAUCUGGCAGAAGCAGCUCUGCCCUGGGCUGCUGAGGGAAGGACGUGCAGGGUGGCAGAGCCUCUGCUGCAGCUCCGGGACUCUCAUGCCACUGGGCCAGCAAACUCCAGGAACAACUUGGAGUUCCUUGCUGCCUCCACCCAGGGGUCUGCCUCCUGACAGGAAGAACCCAUUACAGUCUCCCGACUCCUUGCCCCCUUGCAGCCAGAAGCCCAAGUGGCCUCCACUGAAGAGGUCCAGAGGGCCUGGUGUGUGGCCGGCUCCCUCCAGGACUGAGACCCAAGGGCCCAGGGAUGAGCCUUCAAUUCCCACCUGGCCAAGGGAGGGGGCCAUGGAACCGGGCAGGAAAAGGAGCUCCUGGCAUACAGAUGGAAUGGAUCCCAGUGUGACUGGGACGGGCCCAGCUUCAGGCCUGUCUGCCUAGGGAAGUCGGCAACCCGGGGUCCUGGGCUGUUUUCUGGGUUGUGACUCGUCCGUGAGGUGUCUGAACGUCCCGAGGAGAAAUAGCCCUUAUCAGAAACUUCUGCCCAGUGCAGUGUAGCCAGCAAGGUCGAGGUCCAGCUGGAGGGCAGAGCAGGCCCCAGCUCGGGCCCAGGGCAUGGGGGUAGGGAGCCACCAGAAAGCAGCUUAUUCCUCUGUUAGUUGAGGAGAGGCCAGAACGGAGCCAGCCCUUCCGUGCCCACCUCCCAACCCCCGCCCCUUCCCGUGAUCCAAGCAUCUGGGUUGUUGUGAGAAGCGGGUGUUUUUGUUUUUUAAUAAAAUUAGAUAACCCUCA